CCCCAGGGCCCCGGAAGGGCUGUGAUUUGUCUUUGCUUCCAAUCCAUGUCUGGGGAAUAGGGGGCUCUUUUUCCUCCUACUUCACCAGCAAAUAGCUCCCUCCUCUGCAGCCCUGGGAUAAGCAGAGACAUGGCCCUCGAUGUUUUAAGACACAGACCCUAAUGACCAAAAACUUGGCCUUAAACAACCACAGAGAGGUCGUGUGUCAGGCCGGGGUGGGGGGAGGGGGUGUCCUUAGUCAAUCAGUCCUGAGUACACUCUGUCCCUGGGGAGACUCAGAAAACAAGACUCUGGGAGCUCAAACCUGUUUUAGGGUUUGGCAGACUCCCAGUUGCAAAAGCACGAUCUUGGGUCAGAGUCCACAUUCCCCACCCAGACCAGAGACAUAGUCACACACAGAGACAGAGAGCUCAAGAAAGAGACAGCACCACGGAGAAUGGCACUUGGGAAAUUAGGGAGCUGUAACACAGAGAGAGCUGUACCUAGAUGUAAUCUGGACUCUGAAAUACUGAGAAAAAGCAGCAGAGAUGGAGGGGAGACAUGUGGACACAUAGAAGUGCCAAGGAGAAUUGUACAAGGAGACCCUGAUGGAGGUCUAAAAAGGAAAAAGGUGGAAACAUUCAAAACAUUUGGAAAGAGGGAAAAUGAAAUAAAACUAAGAUUGGUGUUGGAGAAAGUUCUAGACAUACAGACUCCAGACUUCAGUUAGCAUGGUGUUUCUGUCCUCCAUGCUUCCCAUGACCUCCUCCACCUCAACUAGAUUAGUCGUUACCACAUUCUGUCUUGUCCAGGCCCAUCCAGUUUAGAUAUUACCAUGUACUUUCCAUGUGUCUGGGUCCAACCAAGGUUCUGACAACACAGCUGACCAAGACAAUGAGCUGACCAUCAGGAGUUCACACUGGAUCAGAUUGCCAUGGAUGGCUCUUAAUUUAGCUCCAGAAAUGGCAACCUAGAUCGUUAGGCUGACUACCUCCUAAGAAGACUGCUUGUUCAGCCAUACAAGUUUUGGCAUACAGUAUGACAGUCACUCUGACAAGGCAGACAGUUUGGGGUGCUGUAGAAAUGUGAUGUCCUGUUCCUGGAAUAAUUGCGGUUUGACACACACAGGCCAUUGACAAUGGGCUCCCUGAGGGCAGGGAAGGCAUUUAGUUUGGUUUUUCUCAAGCCCUGUCUCGGUGAUCUGCAGAGAGAAAAAUGAUCAAUAAUAAAGUAAUACUGAACAAAAGACAGACUCAAUCAAUCAAAUACUGGACCCUGCCCUUAUGGACCUCAAGGCUAUUAGAGCAGAUAUAAUGUCAUAAAUCACCUUAAUAUGAAUUGGAUGCUAGAGAAGGUUGUUAGUGAGGGCAAAGAACUGUGGUGGUUCAGAGGCACCAGAAAUCUCUUCCUGUGGUGUAAAGCUGGUCAAGCAAGACCUCCUAGAAGAGAUGGCCUUUGAGCUGAGCCUUUUUUUUUAUUAUUUAAUUUUUAUUUUAUAUUGGAGUAUAGUUGAGUUACAGUGUUGUGUUAGUUUCAGGUGUACAGCAAAGUGACUCAGUUAUACAUAUACAUAUAUCCAUUCUUUUUCAGAUUCUUUUCCCAUAUAGGGUAUUACAGAAUAUUGAGUAGAGUUCCCUGUGCUAUAUAGUAGGUCCUUGUUGGUUAUCUAUUUUAUAUAUAGUAGUGUGUAUAGGUUAAUCCCAAACUCCUAAUUUACCCCUCCCCUCCACCUUCCCCUCUGUAACCAUAAAUUUGUUUUCUAGUCUGUGAGUCUGUUUCUGUUUUGUAAAUAAGUUCAUUUGUAUCAUGUUUUUUUAGAUUCCACAUAUAAGUGAUAUCAUAUGAUAUUUGUCUUUCUCUGUCUGACUUACUUCACUUACUAUGAUAAUCUCUAGGUCUAUCCAUGUUGCUGCAAAUGGCAUUAUUUCAUUCUUUUUUAAUGGCUGAGUAACAUUCCACUGUAUAUAUGGACCACAUCUUCUUUAUCCAUUCCUCUGUCGAUGGACAUUUAGGUUGCUUCCAUGUCUUGGCUAUUGUAAAUAGUGCUGCAAUGAACAUUGGGGUGCAUGUGUCUUUUCAAAUUAUGGUUUUCUCCAGAUAUAUGCCCAGGAGUGGGAUUGCUGGAUCAUAUAGUAGUUCUACUUUUAGUUUUCUAAGGAACCUCCAUACUGUUCUCCAUAGUGGUUGUAUGAACUGAGUUUUGAAUAAUAGAAGGGAUUUAGACAGAGGAGAUAGUAAAGCUGUUUAACAUGUUAGUGGGUGCAUUCGUGCACAACUACUGACCUACCAGAGUGGAAACUGGUUGGGGCAUUCAAGUGGGGUCCUGGAGCCCCUGCUGUGUCAAGCAUUACUUCUUUAGUGAGUUCAUAAGGUCAGGACAGUCCCUAGGGAGGAGUGGGGUAGCAGGAGCACCCUGGAGUUAGGGACUAGUUACAAACCAGAUUAUAAAUAUUUCAAUAUAUUUAAUUACCUAUACAACCAUACUGGUGUGUGUACCUACUGAAUGUUAGCCCCAGAUAAGGAUCUCCUGAGAUGGCCUCACUCUCUUCUGGUUUGUUGAAGCCAUAGGGGCCUUAUUAGAAUGUGAGCUGUAGAACAGCAGAGGCUGUUCUCCAGUUCAAUGCUGCAUCCCUAGGGUCUAGAACAGUGCCUGGAGGACUAGAGGAAGCUUACCAAAUGUUAAGUGAAUAGGCAGACUGGGAAUCCCAGCCCAUUGUUGGGGUCCUCUCACUAUUCAUCUCCUUGCACCCACUUUCCCCCUCCAAUUCGUACUCCACACCACCCUUCAACAUAACCUAGAAUGAGAUUUGGAUUCUGUCAUUCUUCUGCUCAAAGUAUUUGGUGCCUCCCUUUUGCCCAGAAUGCCAUUUUCCCCUUUUUUUUUUUUUUUUGGUGGUACGCGGGCCUCUCACUGUCGUGGCACAGGCUCCGGACACGCAGGCUCAGCGGCCAUGGCUCACGGGCCCAGCCGGAUCGGGGCACGAACCCGUGUCCCCUGCAUCGGCAGGCGGACUCUCAACCACUGUGCCACCAGGGAAGCCCCUCCCCCAUUCUUUUUUAAACCAAUUGAACUGCUACUUCUUUAAGCCCUGAUCAAAUUUUGCCUACUUCUGUAUUACUUUCUGAGGCAGAAUUCAUCUCUCUCCCCCAAAUAUUAUGAUGAUUUUUGCCCUCACUCACAAGACAGCAAGCUCCUCGGGAUAGGGACUGCGUCUUAUUCAUUUCCAUACAUCUAGUCUAUUAGCCCAAUGCCUGACAUAUGGUAGAUGCUAAAUAAAUAGAAGAGUGAAAGGCAUUCCCAGCAGUGAGAACUAAAUGAACAAAGGUGGUCAAAGGUUUGGGUAAAAAAUGAAUAGUUUAAUUUGGCUAGGGUAUGAGGGAGAGUAGUAGGAGAAAAGAUGGAAAAGUCUCUUUGGUAGUAUUUUGAGGGGACUUGGAAGUCAACUAGAGGGAGAAGAUGGGCAGAUAGAAGAUACUUUGGUAGAGUGUGGAAAGCCAAUGGAGGUUUUUGAGCAAAGGUGUAAUAUGAUGAAUAAUACAUUUAGUUUAAACCUAUCAGACUCUCUAAUAAAUAUAUACAGUUUUCCAUUCAUACUCAAAUUCGCCUCCCACCUACCCAUCCAUCCACCCUCCCACCCCCAGACUCCCCCCGCAGCUUGCCCUACCCCUUCACCUGCUCCCUGGCUGGGCCAGGGAUGUAUAUAUGGGCUGCUUCCCCUCUCAGCCAGAGGACGUGGGGUCCCCAGCUGCCUGGGACUGGGAAGCAGGCCAGGGUUAGCUGAGGUUGGCUGGCGAGCAGCCAGGCGGUGCCAGGGAGAACCCGUUUAGUGCCAGGUGGUGCCUUGGGUUCCAAGCUGAGCCCAUGACCCUGAUAACCUUCUACCUGCGCACAUACCUGCCGCUCACUCCACCCCAUGCCCAACUUUGCUAUCAGGGAGGGGGCACAGGGCCAGACAGACCUGCAGGGCUUUGGCUCCAUCUCUACAAAAGGGCCUUCUGUGAGCCAGUCUGCUCCCCUCCAGGCUUGCUCCUCCCCCAUCCAGCUCCUGUUUCUGAUGCACGUACAGACCGUACACACCGUGUCCCAGGACACCCCACAGUCAGCCGCAUGGCUCCCCUGUGCCCCAGCCCCUGGCUCCCUCUGUGGAUCCCGGCCCCUGCCCCAGGCCCCGCUGUGCAGUUGCUGUUAUUACUGCUCCUCCUGGUGCCUGCCCAUCCCCAGAGCCUGCUCUGGAUGCAGGGGGCUCCCACCACAGGAGGAGAUUCAUCUGGGGAAGACGAUCCACUGCGUGAGGAGGACCUGCCCAGUGAAGAGGAUAUACCUGGAGAGGAGGACCCACCUGGAGAAGAGGACCCACCUGGAAAGUUGGAUCCACCUGGAAUGAAGACUGAAGCAGGAGAAGAGGAUUCUCUGAAGAUAGAGGAUCUACCUACUGUUGAAACUCCCAGGGAUACUCAAGGCCCCCAGAAUAAUGCCCACAGAGACAAAAAAGGGGAUGACCACAGUCAUUGGCGUUAUGGAGGCGCUCCGCCAUGGCCCCAGGUGUCCCCCGCCUGCGCUGGCCGUUUUCAGUCCCCGGUAGAUAUCCGUCCAGAACUCACCGCAUUUUGCCCAGCCCUGCGAUCCCUGGAACUCCUUGGCUUUGAGCUCCCGCCACAACCAGAACUGCGCCUGCGCAACAAUGGCCACACCGUGCAGUUGAGUCUGCCUCCCGGGCUGGAGAUGGCCCUAGCUCCCGGGCAGGAGUACCGGGCCCUGCAGUUGCAUCUGCACUGGGGGGCUGCGGGUCGCCCGGGCUCGGAGCACACGAUUGGCGGUCACCGUUUCCCUGCCGAGAUCCAUGUGGUUCACCUCAGCACUGCAUUUGCCAAAGCUGACGAGGCCUUGGGGCGCCCGGGGGGCUUGGCCGUGCUGGCUGCCUUUCUGCAGGAAGGCCCCGAAGAAAACAGCGCCUACGAGCAGUUGCUGUCACAUUUGGGAGAAAUCGCCGAGGAAGACUCUGAGACUUGGGUCCCAGGACUGGAUGUAUCUGCACUGCUGCCCUCUGACCUCAGCCGCUACUUCCGAUAUGAGGGGUCUCUCACCACACCCCCCUGUGCCCAGGGAGUCAUCUGGACUGUGUUCAACCAGACAGUAAAGCUGAGUGCUAAGCAGCUCCAUGCCCUCUCUGACUCCCUGUGGGGACCUGAUGACUCUCGGCUACAGCUGAACUUCCGAGCUACACAGCCUUUGAAUGGGCGAAUAAUUGAGGCCUCCUUCCCUGCUGGAGUGGACAGCAGCCCUGGGACCGUUGAGCCAGUCCACCUGAAUUCCUGUCUCGCUGCUGGAGACAUCCUGGCCCUGGUUUUUGGCCUUCUCUUUGCGGUUACCAGCAUCGCCUUCCUUGUGCAAAUGAGAAGGCAGCAAAGACACCCAAGUGGGACCAAAGGAAGUGUCAGGUACCACCCGGCAGAGGUCACGGAGACUGUUGCUUAGAGGCCUGCAACUUGGAGAAUGUGCAGAGAAGCUGGCCGGAGGAAUCUGAGGGGGAGCUGGAGACUUUGUCCUGCCCAUUACACUACUUCCUUUUAAGCCUCCAAAGAUAUAUUUUUUAAAUAAAUAUUUCUAAUAAAGUCUGUGGAAGGCGUAUCCUUGUUCCCCAAA